AGUUCAGUGCUUGGCUGAAAGGUUGGCAGACGGGCUCGACUCUUUGAUUCGGUAGACCACAUAGAGCAGUUCAAUCAGCUUCAGUCAGGAGCUCUGCCUGCAGUCAUGAUGAACGAAAUCUUCUCGUCCAACUUUCAGCAGAUCCGAAUUCCCACUGGGAAAGGCGGAGAUACGGUGCAGUACUGCCUGAGCCCCAUGGCGAAGACUGCUCCACGAACAGAGGAUCCCCUGAACUGGGCGAAAGCAGCUCGGGCCAUGGAGUGCAGUCACUGGGAGGAGGUCGCCGACUUGGUGCAAGAAUUUCAGGAUGCCAAGGAGGUUCUGAUCCAGGGAGAGACGCUCACGGUGGCCCAGGUCGCAGCCAUCGCCAGGCGGCCCGACGUGACGGUGGUGCUCGAUGCGGAGGCAGCCAAAUCGCGAGUCGACGAGAGCUCCGAGUGGGUGCUGCACAACAUAAGGAAAGGGACGGACACGUUCGGCGUCACCACGGGCUUCGGUGCGACAUCGCACCGGCGCACCGAUCAGGGAGCGGAGCUGCAACGAGAGCUGAUCCGAUUUCUGAACGCGGGGGUAAUCGGCAAGGACUCGAACAAUGUGCUGCCCGUCAGCACGACCAGAGCGGCCAUGCUGGUCAGGACCAACACUCUGCUGCAAGGCUACUCGGGAAUUCGUUGGUCGAUUUUGCAGACGAUGCAGAAAUUCCUGAACAAGCGCAUUACUCCUCGGCUGCCGCUGCGGGGCACCAUCACGGCGGCGGGAGACCCCGUGCCGCUGUCCUACAUCGCGGGCCUGCUUACGGGCCGUCCCAAUGCCCGAGCCGCGACCGAGAGCGGCGACAUCGUGACGGCGCACGAAGCGCUGAAGCUCGUCGGGCUGCUGAAGCCGUUCGAGCUGCAGCCCAAGGAGGGUCUGGCGCUGGUGAGCGGCACGGCGGUCGGGUCCGCGCUGGCGGCCACGUGCUGCUACGACGCCAACGUGUUGGCGCUCUUCGCCGAGCUGGCGUCCGCGCUGUUCUGCGAGGUGAUGCAGGGCAAGCCCGAGUUCACGGACCACCUGACCCACCGGCUCAAGCACCACCCGGGCCAGAUCGAGGCGGCCGCCAUCAUGGAGCACGUGCUCCAUGGCAGCUCGUACAUGAAGGCCGCGGCCACGCGGCACGAGACGGACCCGCUGCAGAAGCCGAAGCAGGACCGGUACGCGCUACGAACCUCGCCCCAGUGGCUGGGGCCCCAGAUCGAGGCCGUCCGCGCGGCCACGCACGCCAUCGAGCGCGAGAUCAACUCCGUCAACGACAACCCGCUCAUCGACGUGGCCCGUGACAAGGUGGUCCACGGUGGCAACUUCCAGGGCACGCCCAUCGGCGUUUCCAUGGACAACCUGCGCCUGGCCGUCGCGGCCAUUGGCAAACUCAUGUUCGCGCAGAUGUCCGAGCUCGUCAACGACUUCUAUAACGGCGGUCUGCCGUCCAACCUGACCGGCGGUCCGAACCCGAGUCUGGACUACGGGUUCAAGGGCGCGGAGAUCGCCAUGGCCUCGUACACUUCGGAGCUCCUCUUCCUGGCCGCGCCCGUGACGACGCACGUCCAGAGCGCCGAGCAGCACUACCAGGACGUGAACUCGCUGGGGCUCCUCUCGGCCCGCAAGACGGAGGAGGCCCUCGCCAUCCUCCAGCUCAUGAGCUCCACGUACCUCGUGGCGCUCUGUCAGGCCGUGGACCUGCGCCACCUGGAGGAGAAUCUGCAGGCCGGCGUCAAGCUGGCGGUGUCGCAGGCCGCCAGGCGGUCCCUCUUCGCCGACGCGCUCGGCUCGCUGCUACCGUCGCGCUUCUGCGAGAAGGACCUCCUCAAGGUGGUCGACGACCAGCCCCCGUUCUCGUACGCCGACGACGCCACCAGCGCGACGUACCCUCUGAUGCAGAAGCUGCGCCAAUGCCUGGUCGCGCACGCUCUCGGCGACGCGAACGACGACGCGAGCUGCAGCAUCUUCCGGCGAAUCGCCGUGUUCGAGGAGCAAGUGAAGAUCGAGCUCGACGCCGCCGUGCCCGCCAUUCGAGAGAAGUUCGACAAGGGCGUCGCCGCGCUGCCCAAUCGAAUUGCCGAUUGCCGCAGCUAUCCGCUGUACAAUUUCGUCAGAUCUCUCGGUACCAAGCUGCUGGUCGGCACGGAAACGAGGUCUCCUGGUGAGGACAUCGAGCUCGUGUAUGAAGCCAUUUCCGCAGGGAAACUGGCGUCGCCCUUGCUCGACUGCUUAGCAGACUGGAACGGAUGUCCCCUAUCGAUCGAGCCGUCUAGAAUCGUAAUAUAAUUUGCAGGAUCUGACAGAAUUCCGUCACGAAUCAGGACAAUGAGCGAUGUCCUGAGUUUUUAUAUAAGAUCUAAACCCUUCAUAUAGUGUACAUAGCGAUCACAGAUAUAGGCCGAGCAAGUUCAGCUCACGUUUGUAAUCUAUACGAAGUAAACUUCGGAGGAACCAAUAGUUGCCUCUCUCUUCA